AAGAGCCCAACCUUAAAGCCGAAGACAUCCGCCUCGGCGAUAACAACGAUGUGCUUGAAGAUGAUGAGGCAAACUUCUUUAUCAUGGCCCCUCGUGGUGCUUCGGCUCACAUCUUCACCAAUGGUCUUGGCGGUGGCGACAAGAAGCGCAAGAUUGAAGGGAAAGUGGGGGACUACAAUGACAACAUCAAGAAGCAACAGCGGAAG